CGUGCCUGGCACUUGCUCUGUGCGCAUGUGUGCACUAAGCCUCCACAGUUUGUUCUGAGCCCACGACUACACAGCUGCAGGGCCAAGGAGGUGAGAGCAGCCUCUUUGUUCCCUCCCCAAGCUUAGCGACAUCUCCAAGAACUCUCCAUUCUGUCGUCCAUGAUGUCUAUUCUGGGAACUGAGAAAGAAGACUUUUCCCAAAUGAAGAGGAUUUACCUGCUCGUGGUGGGGCUUCACAUGCUGUGCUUUAGCGGGGCAGAAGAGGGGCUGAACUUCCCCAUGUACGAUGGGAAGGACCGAGUGGUCAGCCUUUCUGAGAAGAACUUCAAGCAGAUGCUGAAGAGAUAUGAGUUGCUCUGUCUCUACUACCACGAACCUGUGUCUUCAGACAAGGUCUCACAAAAACAGUUCCAGCUGAAGGAGAUUGUACUGGAGCUUGUGGCCCAGGUCCUGGAGCAUAAAAACAUAGGCUUUGUGAUGGUGGAUUCAAGGAAAGAGGCCAAGCUUGCCAAGAGGCUGGGCUUCAGUGAAGAAGGAAGCCUGUAUGUUCUGAAGGGUGAUCGCACGAUUGAGUUUGAUGGGGAGUUCGCGGCGGAUGUCUUGGUGGAAUUUCUCUUGGACCUCAUUGAAGACCCCGUGGAGAUCGUGAACAACAAGCUGGAAGUCCAAGCCUUCGAACGCAUCGAGGACCAGAUCAAGCUCCUUGGCUUUUUCAAGAAUGAGGACUCAGAAUAUUACAAAGCCUUCCAAGAGGCAGCUGAACACUUCCAGCCUUACAUCAAGUUCUUCGCCACCUUUGACAAGGGGGUGGCUAAGAAGUUAUCCUUGAAGAUGAACGAAGUUGGCUUCUACGAGCCGUUUAUGGACGAGCCCAGCGUCAUCCCUAACAAACCUUACACGGAAGAGGAGAUUGUGGAGUUUGUGAAGGAACAUCAAAGACCCACCCUACGUCGCUUGCGCCCAGAGGACAUGUUUGAAACAUGGGAAGAUGACUUGAAUGGGAUCCACAUUGUGGCCUUUGCGGAGAAGAGUGACCCAGAUGGCUAUGAGUUCCUGGAGAUCCUGAAGCAGGUUGCCCAGGAUAACACUGACAACCCUGACUUGAGCAUCUUGUGGAUUGACCCAGAUGACUUUCCUCUGCUUGUCGCUUACUGGGAGAAGACUUUCAAGAUUGACCUGUUCAAGCCACAGAUCGGGGUGGUGAAUGUAACAGAUGCUGACAGUAUCUGGAUGGAGAUCCCAGAUGAUGAUGACCUGCCCACAGCCGAGGAGCUGGAAGACUGGAUUGAAGAUGUGCUUUCUGGAAAGAUCAACACUGAGGAUGAUGACAAUGAAGAUGAAGAUGAUGAUGGUGGCGACAACGAUGAUGACGAUGAUGACGACGAUGACGAUGAUAAUUCAGAUGAGGAUAAUGAUGACAGUGAUGAUGACGAUGAUGACGAUGAAUAGCUCCAGCCUGGGGUGAUUCUGAUGAGUGACAUUACAACCAUACAGACAGCCCAAGGGGCAGCAAGCAGUGGUGCCCACACCUAGUCAGCUCUUUUCCUUUCUCCAGUAUCUCUUUCUAGUCCGUUCUUGGCAGGAGUGGUACAGUUCAGUGAAUGCUUUUCCAAACCCAGCAGGUUCGCUCUGCAGGGCCAGAAGGGGAGCUAUUCCCAUGCUGACUUCCUCUAACCACUGAGGAACAAAUAGCUCUUGUUCUUUGCUAGACAAUCAGGGGUCAUGGAAUUCUGGGAGUCUGGGGACUGUAUCUCCUGACACCUCUACUCAAGUUUACUUACUGUCUUUGAUUCAGAUGGUGACAGAACUGACAACUUGCUAUUAGUUCACAAGCAGGGAGAGGCCUUCUAAUCAGAGCCCAGGAAGGCCACAUGAUUAUCUAAUCCCCGUCCCCCAACCUAGUGAACUCAGACCCACCAAGCCUUUAGAUGGCAACUAGGAAUGCCUUGAAAUGUGUGGGUGUUGUCAUCAUUUCUGGAAUAUUAGGAUGCUGUGUGUGGGUCAUCUAGCUCAAUGAACAUCCCACUAAUUGCCAAGCCUCAUUAUUCACCAGCGGUGAGAGAGGAGAGAGGCCGAAGGAUGAAAGGCUUUUCAUUUUUCUGAUGGACACUGUUUAGGUCUCUGACAGAUGGGUCUGCUGGCUGCCUAGAGUGAGCUGAGAACUGAAUGCACCCUCUCUGUCCCCACUAGUGAGCUGUCCCAUUCUCAGUUAAAAUCGCUUUAGCCAAUGGUCAAUUAACUCUCCCCAUUCAUCAGCACUCCCACAGUUGACCAGGGCAGCGACCAUUUAGAGUUCACGAUGCCCGGAGGCACCGAAUGAAAAAGAAUCCCCAAGUGCCUUUUGAAUUGUCUGAAAGUAACAUCAUGCUUGGUAGUUUAAGUUUUAGUUGCUAAGUGUUCUAAUUUAUUUUUGAAAUCUGUUAACAUGGAGAAGACUCUGUGUGGUGUUGUUUUUGAAACUGGGGCAGUCCUUUUAUGGAAUGGUAAUAAACUAAUGGACAUUAAACUUGUGUUUUCAAAA